AUGGCGACAUCAGCUUACCUGGAUAGCAUCAGGCAUGGUAUUGAAUCAGUACAGUAUGAACAAAAUACCAUCAAUCGUCUCCAUGCUGACGCUGCCCGCGUACAAAAAAAGGCUUUUACAAAGUGGAUUAACUUUUACCUUAAACCCAGUAAUAUGGAAGUAACUGAUCUCUACACUGACCUUAGCGAUGGAAAGCGCCUCAUGAAACUUCUUGAGGUCAUUUCCAACGCAAAUUUAGGAAAACCCAACAAAGGUGUCCUGCGUGUACAGAAAAUCGAAAAUGUUGGCAGAGCUAUCGAAUUUAUUAAAACAAAGGUGCACUUGGAAAAUAUAGGUGCUGAGGACAUCGUUGAUGGAAACCCCACCCUCAUUCUUGGCCUAAUUUGGACCAUUAUCUUGCGCUUCCAAAUUGAGGAGGCCAUGCUUGAGAUUGCAAGUUUACUUUUUGAUUUUAGUAAUUAUGCCUGUCAGCCGACCCCUCAUUUGAUAUGGUUUGUUGAACCACAACUGAAUGGCUCCCAACGUUCGGCUAAGGAGGCACUAUUGCUCUGGUGUCAAAACAAAACUCGGGGAUAUGCAAAUGUGGAUGUGAAGGAUUUCACUACCUCUUGGCGGGAUGGACUCGCCUUUGGAGCCCUGCUUCACAGUCACGAACCUGAAGCAAUCGACAUAUCAAAAAUGCGACCCGAUAAACCCAUAGAGAAUCUCACCAUUGCAUUCAAGGCAGCCGAGCAAUGUUUUGAGGUUCCACAAAUGCUUGAUCCUCAAGAUGUAAAUGUUCCCAAACCGGAUGAACGUUCCAUCAUGACGUAUGUUGCUUCCAUGUACCAGAUGCUCAACAAACAUCGAAACAAAAACAAAAACGCUACUCGAGUGGGAAAGACAAUUAACCAAGCAAUUGAAUUAAGAAACAAAAUCAACCAGUAUGAGGUGGGCAUCCGCAGUUUACUCCAGUGGAUUCAAAGCAAGACCGCAUUUUUCCAGCAGUCGAUUCGAACUCUACCAAUGAAUCUUGAUGAGGUGAAAAUGGCUCUUUUCAAUUUCACCCAAUACAGACGUACAGAAAAACCCCAGAAGUAUGAAGAAUGGAUAAAACUGGAGGGAAUCCUAUUUAGCAUCGCUUUACUUACCAAGGAGCUCCGUGCGAAGCCUUACACACAGUCAGACCCUCAACUCAAAAUAGCUACAAUUGCCAAGGCUUGGGAGGAACUUGAAAAUGCCGAAAACGACUUUGAGGAAGCGAUCCGGAAAGCUUAUCUGAGGCUUGAAAUGUAUGAGCGGAUGGUGCGUCGUUUCGAACACAAGGCAGCGAUGCGAGAAGACUGGUUGGCAGAUGUGGAAGAUUUAGCUGACCGUCUUCAAAAGUUGCCAGGAUCCCAAGCUGGUGCAGCAAGGAAGGCAGAAGCACUCAGGUUGGAGAUUGAGAGCAAGGAGAAGCGUUUCAAGGAGUUGGAUGAAUUGGCCUUGGAGAUAACCAAGUAUAGAGAAUACUCACAAGGCAGUAGUGUGCAACAACGCAAUGCAGCUCUACAAGUACGAUGGGCCGCUCUAAGUGGAGCCAAGAUGCGUGCACUUUUAGCACGGAUUGCCUUUCCUCAGACUCGAGCAGAUUUGUUGGAACAGCUGGAGCUUGCUACGAGCAAGAUUCAAGAGUUAGAGAAGCAACUUACGCAACCGACGAAGGGAGAAAUAGAAGCAAGGAAGAGUGAUGAUAAGACGAUGCCGCUUGAAGUGAUCCAGGCAGCUUUGGAUCGUCAUCGGAUUGCAGAAGCAGAGUUCCUGCCUAUGGAAAGGAAAAUUUACCAAAUUCGCAAUUCUGCAGAGGAUAUGUGGACGAAUGCUGCCCCCAUGCCAAACGCCGAUGCAGAGAAGGCCAGUGAUUUUCAAAAGUGUAACUCCGCCAUCCAACUGUGGAACAAAGUAGCAGACGAAAGUCGUCGACGCAAAGCUCAACUAGAGGGUAUCAGCUCCACCUACGGUCUCUUUACUAGCCUUGCAAAUGAACUCAGUUGGGUCACAGGAAAGAGAGAGUUCUUAACAUCUACCGCAGGUGUAACCAAAGAUCCCAGAAGCGCACGCGACCUACAACUGGCUCAGCGUUUGUGCAAAAAACACCAGGCAAUGGAAAGUGAAGUUGCCGCACAUGAACCAAUGUGGGACGACUUAAAACGCUCAGCGGAGUCGUUUUUGAACUCACGAACUGGAGGCAACAAUGUGGCUGAAGAUCCACUGGCCGACACACGGCAGUCGGUGCGUUCACAAAUAGCGACAAUUACCUCCGCAUGGAGUCAACUACGCGAGGAGAUGAAGGCACGCGAAAAUGCUCUCAAUGAGUGCCUCGAAUCUGCACAGUUUUAUGCUGAUGCUGAUGAGGCCUCAAGGUGGAUUCAGGAGAAGAUCCGUCUUGUCGAGGCAGCAGGGAUUAUCUCGCGUUCAGUUCAAAAUGAAAAGGAGUUGGAUGAGGCGCUCAAAAUGUGUGGAGUGGAUUCAAGUUCAUCAAUGGCACAAAAACGACGUCUGACUAAUCUGGAGGCAGAGGUGCAAGCCUUCCAAUCUAACGACAUGCAACGUCUGAAGUACUUCUCCACAAUCCUACGUAACCCGACGGAUUCUAGACCUUUGAGAACGGACCUGCUCGUACAAAAUGGCGCCGGUGAAAGUUCGGACAUUGAUAGUGAUACUGAGACAUCAGCGGGCGAAAUGGGUGCAAGUUUAGUUUUACCAAAGGAUAUAGAAGGUCGUGCUCAGGCUACUGGACGCUAUACCGCCAAGGAUCCUGCUGGUAGAGAUAUUGACCUAGAGGAGGGUGAGAUGGUGGUGGUGGUUGCCUGUACCAAUGCGGAUUGGUGGCACAUAAGGAAAAACGUGAGAGGUCAACAAAAGGAAGGUUUUGUGCCCGCCAAUCGCCUGAGACUUUUGCAAGCACCAGUUGCAGGAAAAAAGAUUUCCAAGAGCGAUGCACUCAAGGCUGUCAAACGAGAGGUUUCAAGAGGUCUCACCAUUCGUAAAACGCCCUCCGCUCGAAGCAGUAGCGAGCUGCAUUUUGAUAGGGAGAACAUUCAGAAAUGCGAGCAGAAAGUGAAUGUUGAAUUAAACCAGCUUUGGAAAUGCAUCAAGACAACAAUUGAGGAAAUCUCAAAAGGUGCUCCACUACUCAGUGAGAUAAACGAGCUUGCAGACAUCUUGACGGGAGUUGUGAAACCACUGGAGCGUUCCCUUUACAAACGAGGUGACGGCGAACUGUUCUACAAGAAACCUGUCGAAAGAAGAAUGAUAGACAUUCAAAAACAGUGGGAUAAUCUGCAUAAGCGCAAGACAUCGUUGGAGGCUGCCCUAACGAGCUCAAGCGGCUUGGGACAAUUCGAGAAGUUAGCCGAGACACUGGAAAUUCUCCUUGGCGAUCGCACAGCUCAACUUGAAUCCAUGCCAAAUACAGCUUCAAAUCCAGAGACCAACGCUGAGCUUCUGCGGAGAACUAAGGAAAUCAAGGUCGAGAAACCCCUGCUUGAUGAAAAGAUGUCCCGCCUACGAUCAAUAAGUAACAGUGUCUCACAAGCUCACCCCAAUGAUGCUCCUGCCGUAAAAUCACGUCUUCAGGCCAUUGAGCAUCUUUGGCAUCGACUGCAAGAUCUUCUAAAACGCAGAGAAGAUGCCUACAGUGGAGCAGCGGCAGAAUUCUCUUUAAGAACCAAAAUGAAUGAUUUGGAAGGAAAGCUGAAUUACGCCGAUGAACAGAUUGACACAUUGGAACCCACUGGUGAGAUCGUUGCCAGCCAUUCCAUUUUCCAGUCCCUUCUUCCACCCGACACACUGCACCAGAAGUUACGGAAAGCCGAUGAGCUGGAUGAUGAUUUGAAUCUCUACGAUGCCGCCGCGGCGGAGCUGUGUGAUGAGGCGCGGAGACUGCCAAGGAAUAGUAAAUCAAAGGACGAACUGAGUUCUGCCGCUGAUGUGCUUGCAUUGAAGAACGAAGAGCUCAAACGGAAACUCGGCGACAAGAAGGACAAUCUCACCAAUGCUGUCAAGGCGCAGAACUUCAACUCCGCUUUAACCUCAAUCGAAGGAAACAUAAAGGAACUGGACACGCGUCUGCAGAUGACUGAACCUUUAACUUCUCUCACCGACGUGGAUAGGGAAAAGCGUCGUAUCGGUGGGCUGAAGAUAGAAAUACUGAAAAAUAUUACAGCCGUCACUGUAAAUGAGGAUCGUAUCAAAGCCGCAGAACUCCCCAAAGAUCUAUCGAAUCCUCUCCUUAUGAAAAGCAAGUCCGUCCGGGAUGUUGCUAGCAGAGUUCUGAAAAAUGUAGAGGCCCGUGAUAGCGAAUUGGAAAAGGUCAUGGCCCAUGCCUUGGAUGAACUUCAAAAUCGAUCCUGUUGUCUUCCAAGUAGUGUAGAGGCCGCAAACUUCCCAAAUCCUCAAAAAAGAUCUCAAGAUUUAAAUGAUCGUCUUUUGGAUCUACACAAGUCCAUUGGUAACAAGGUAAAAGACCUGGCUAAUGCCGAACGCGCGGCUCAAUUUGACAGCGAUGCGGAUCAGAUCAUCAAGGCCUCUUCAAUUGCUCCUCAGCUUGCUUCCGCUCCCAGAGGUUCUGAUGAAAGGGAAAUCCAACCUUCUCAAAUACCUCGGAGUUAUGCAGAGGCUAUUAAUGCUUUAAAUGAAACUGAGAGGCGUAAACAAAACGUUAUGGAUGAGCUUGCAAAAUUGGAUGACCUGGAGAAGAGGGCGAAGAAAGCUGGUGCGUGGACUCCAGAUUUAGCAGCCCAAGUAAUGAAGAAGAAGAAAAUGCUCCAAAAGCAGCUUGAUGAUUUAGACAAUGAAGCGCAGCGAAAUAGGGAUUUGGCUGAUUGGUAUAAGGCAGUGGAUGAGAUGAAUAUGCUUAAAGACUGGGCAGAUGAACAGGCCGGCCAACAACGUGAUCAGCUAAGAAGGAAUUCCAGCUUCAGGGCGCCCCAGGAGUAUGCAACUCAACGCAAAAGCCACGAGCGACUCCGAGAUGAGGUGAAGCGCAAAGAUCCGCACCUACGAGAGUUGCUAGACGCCAAGCGGCGACCAAUUCCAGCCUGCUUGGCAGAUGAUGAGAUUGCUAAAGAAGUUCGUCCAAGUCUUCAACGCAGUUGGGCAAAUCUUCAGUCAGCUAUCGAUGCUCGAUCUCAGCAGCUGGACGAUGCGAUCUCUAACAUGAAUCUUCUUGCGGAAAUGGCCGAUCUAACGAAAUUCCUUAAUGCGAAAGCGGCUGAAGUCGAUAGACUGGUGAAUGUGAAGACAAGUCAGAAUGCCGAUUUGGCUGCAAAGAAGCUUUUUGAGGUUGAAAAAUACAUGAAGGGGACAGAAUCACAGGUGACGAAUCUCGAAAAUCAAGUAAAUCGGGUGUUGUCAACUUCCAACAUCGAACCCAGCUCGGUGAAACCGUUGAAAAACGGUAUCGUUGAGUUAAGAGGUUCCCUGGGAGAUCUAAGAGAUAAAGUGAAUUCAGCAAAGAGGAGUCUCUUCUUCCAAAAUCGAAUUGCUAAGUUUGAUGAAGAGGCUGACGAUCGGCAGCAAGACAUUACGAAUGCCCUUGCUUUCGUUAGUGCAACAGAUAUCGGCGAUGAUCCUGAACAAAUCGAGAAAACUAAAAAUCGUUGGCAGACCUUCCUUGCCGAUCUCCAUAAAUUAGUAAAUCGCGUGGACAGCUGCUUGUUGCAGGGUCGAGAGUUAUCCAACGAUCUAGACACAUUGGUAAAUCCCAAAAUCAGGCAAGCGACACCAACUGCAACAGAGUCCAGCCCAUCCACCUUCGGUCUAACCAUAAACCAGAUGGCCACACAGCCGCAGUCGACCUACCCCUUCUGCAACGCGCAAUCAGUGCGUGCGGGUGCCGAUCAGGUCUGCUCACAAGUAGAGUGUCUCGGUAGGGGUAAGAGUCUGCUCCAGGAACAGGUCAGCCUUGUGCAGAGCCGAAUAGAUCGCACUGGGGAUCUAUCACACUUCAAUCAAGCAUGGGCAGAUUUGAUGGAGUUGAUAAGAAACCGGAGUGCUCAGCUGACCGCCUUAAGUUCAGUAACGCCUAAGAGUACGUCGACACUGGCAGCGCAAGUAAAGAAGCACGAAGUCUUUGAGACUGAACUGGUCGGUAUUCGACAACAGGCUGACGAUGUAACUCACGAGGCACAGGAGCUGCUUUCACUUCUACAACAACCCAAAUCUCAUGGUGGAAGACAAAAUUCCAAGAUAGAGACUCUCAUUUCGGACCGCAGUCAGCGUCUCUCGGUUGCUCUGAAGGAUCUUGAAGCUAAAAUGGUCGAAAGACGCAAACAACUCAACCAGUGGAGUAGAUAUCUCCAAUUUUCUGAAAAGGUGCGAGAUGUCCUAUUCUGGUGCACUGAAGCGGAACAUGAGAUUGUCACGAUAGAACCAAUUGCCAAAACAGUUGCUGAAGCCUUCGCUCUGAUGGACCAGAAGUUUUCCACUACUCAAGCUAAUGAUAACGCCAGGAUUCCUGAAUCAAUUGACUGCAGUCAGGCGGAACUCCUGCAAGCAAAUUACUUUCGCAUGUCCGACGAGCUUCAGCAGCGUUGGAAACCAAUGUCGAUGCAGCUUGUCGCUGAAGCCGAAUCCAUGAUUGACGAAAAUCACUAUGCAGCUACCGAUCUAAAAAACAAGGUGGAUCAGAUGGUGAUAGCACAGCGAUCAGUAGAGGAUGGUUUGAAGAACUACAACCGAUGGAUUCUACAAAUCCUUGAUCUACUUCUACUGAAACGUGAAAUUUCCAAAUACUCCAGCCAAACCGUGAUUCAACGCGCUCGAAUUGAUACAAUAAUGGAGGAAUGCAGCAGUAUGCAAGCUGCUCCCAAAUACGCCAGCUGUGAUAAGCUUCACUCAAGUCUUGAUGUGAAGAGUAUGAUACAGAGAACAGAAAACAUAAUGAAGGUUAUGAGAGCGAAUGAUGAUAAAGUUGCUUCUCUGGUAUCCUCAGCGAACCUUAUGAUGCAGAAGAAGCACUAUGCCUCCACAGAAAUCCAUGAAGUUGUCAACAAAAUGCAGAUAGCACGUGUUUCCGUCCGACAAAUUUGUACUGAUCAAUUGGAAAGUCUCAAUCGCCGUCUAGAACAAGUUGUGUGGGAAGAAGAUGCCAGUGAUAUUGAGGCCUGGCUCACAGAACGUGAGAGCGAGUUGAACAUCUUGAUGACGCCUAAAAGUCUGCAUCAGAGUCAGUCACUUUCGAGGAAGAGCUCAUUCAUUGAAGAGGUUGCUGCUGUAGGGACUCAACUAGAGAUGCUACAAAGGCAAGAUAAGUUUCAGACAUCAAUAUUGGGCAACAAAGACCACAUUGAUGAGAUCUUGACACGCGGAGCCAAAUUGGUAGAAGCGUACACGAAAAUUCCCGCUGCAGAAGGUAGUAUGAUCGGCCAACAUAUCAGUAGUCGUUGUGCAAACAUCAAACAACGCUGGAAGAAUCUCAGAGAUUCACUUGCGUCAUCAUCUUCCGCAUUGGAGGCGUCCAGAGAUCUAGCACGCUACAAAAAUGAGGCGGAUGCUUUGGAAGGCUGGCUUCGUGAGAAGGAUAUCCUCCUGGCUAAAAGCGAUUAUGGAUCUGACUACGACCACUGCAUAUCUUUGAAGGACAAAAUUAAUGAACCUGCUGCUGGAAAAAUCGUUAACAAUGAAACAAUCCUCGAAUUCCGAUCGCUUUCCGAUAGAAUUUCACAGUCGCUUCGCAAACCUCCACCAGGAACUUACAAAUCCAUUGUGGUUUUGAACAAACAAACUUCCGAUUAUGUAGACAGGCGCACUGUCGACAUUUGCGACCGCUGGAGUCGAGUCCAGGAAGGUCUUGGUAGGUAUGCCAAACUGCUGGAACAGGCUGCAACUAUCCACGAGGUUGUGAGCAAAGUUGAUGGUCUUCUUAUUCAAAUCACAAAUCGCAAAGUAAAGGCAUCCAUGAGGGAUGAUCUAAAGAAACCGUUGACCGUUAAUGAAUUGGAGGCCCUUUUGCGAGAGUCGCAGACAAACGAACGGGACGUUGCUGCCAUUGAAGCACAGAUGAAAAAGGUUCAGGAAGAAGCAAAGAAAGCAACUGAAUCCUUUGACUCAAAUGUGCAUAAGACACAGGCAGGUGCUCUGGUUCAACAAAUAAGCAACAAGAUGAGUAAUUUGGAAGCCACGAUUAAGGAAACCAAAUCACUCCAGGAAGAACGCCGUGAUUUAGUCGAAUCAAAACUAGCUGCACAGCGCAUAUUAGAGGGUUGCCGCCAACUUGUAAACUGGUCGAAUGAAGUAGAGAAAGAGCUGAAACCCCAAAUUGUGGGCACAGCAGUUGUAGGAUUAGUAGGCAAACUGGCUGCACUAAAGGUGGGAAAACCAGUCAAGGCGGAGGAAACCAAUGAGGAGAAACGCCGGGCCUUUAUUGGGCGUAUGCGCCGACGCCUCACCGACUGUCAGUCAGAGCUGCCACUACGACAGCAACAACUAACGAGACUACAGUCACAAGCACAGCAGCUAAAGUCGGAAACGAUGGAAAGAAAGGCUAUACCGGGCGAAUUGAACCAGGCGGAUGAAGCACUCAGAAAGGCUGCUGAUAUUCUUGCUCGUUUAGAGAUUCAAGUCAAUAUUGAGGAAAAACGACAGGCAUUCGCAACUACCGGUAAGCAGGAGGACCGGUGGAUAGAUUCAGUGCAAAGUCAGGCUCAACAAGCGGUUAAAAGUGCCUUCCGAGGACUUGCAACGGAUUCUGAUAAUAGUAGUGGUGAUGAGGUGGAUCAGCCAAUGAUCGUGGCGUCCACAAACGGUGUACAGCAGUACGCUGCCCCUCCCUCUGAAUUGUCACCACAAGCUUGCAUGGCGAUGCUUGAUUCCUUGGCUUCGAGUUUAGAGGACCGCAAUGCAAUGAAAAAUCAAUUUGAUGAGCUUCAGCAAUGCCAUACGAGCUCCAAAGAAGCCAAAGAGAUCUAUACACCGGACAAGGUGAGGGAAGAUAAAGAGCUACUCGAUAAGACCCAAGCUAAGGCAUUAAUGACAAGUCAGAUGAUCGCAAAAAUGCGUGAACAAGUGCAGACCCGUACGGAGUGUGACAACUGGUUCAUUUCGGCCAAUGAAAGCCUAAAGUGGAUAAAAGAGAAUCAGUUGUUGGCUGCAGCCACUUAUGACUGGCGUGUUACACUCAAACGAUUUGGAGAAAGUGUUCCCGGUUCUGAGAAUGACCAAGUGUGUGGACCGAAAGGAUCGGGUGGAAUGGCUAGGAAGGUGGCUGGUCAUCGACGUUUCGUUGUCGAUAUUGACAUCGGCUUAGAAAUGGUCGACCGAUUGUGCGAACGGAGCGAACAAUUGGCUCGCUUAAAUCCCAAGAAGGCAAGCAAAAUAAGGAAUAUGGUGGAGGAGUUGCGAACAUCAGCCACGCAACUCCGUAGUACCUGCGCUGAGCACACAUUGCGACUGAACGAGGCCAACGAGUUGGUGAAAUGGGGUCAACUUAUGGACGAAGCGGUAGAGACAGCCAAACACACAGAGGCUCGGCUGAUGUCCGACGACUAUUGUAGAGACGAGAAUGGACUGAAGAGGUUACUCGAACAGCACAAAGUUAUAGCCCAGGACAUUCAGGAGACUCAAAAGGUUCGAGCAGAGACUCUCCUAAAGACAGCCACAGAGGCGGCGCAAAAAGGUCACUUCGCUGGUCCGAUGAUGGUUGCCGAGGCGAAGGAAUUGAGUGACACUGUGACGAUGACACUUCCGCAGCUGGCACAGGCGCGUCUUGAUGCUAUACACCUUAUGAUUACAUGGCGCCGGCUGGAAGAGAAUCUAAGGGUGGAAAUCGACUGGCUCAAAGAGCAGCUCAAUAGUCCCAUUCUCGACAUUCAUUCAGCCGCUAUGCAAAAUUUAGACCAAAACACUGCCACACGGCAACUGAAAAUGCUAUCCGAGUUGGCUUCCUGUCUGGCAGCUCAGAGCCCCAAAAUUGACGAAAUUGCGGAGAACGUAAACAAGCUUACCAACAGUGCUUCUGGCAAAUCAAAGUCUCUUCUCAGCGACCUUGGAACUCUUCAGGAGGCCUCCCAUUCAGCCAAUCAACUCAUGAAUAUGAAAUCUAAAUUGGAGUUACAAGUUGGCGUUGCGGGUGGAUACCUAAUCACCCAGCAUAUGUAUCUCCAGCAUGUCCACGACAUGCAAGAGGCACAAGAGUGGAUCAAAGCUCAUCUUUAUCCACUUUCUAAGCUUGCCCAUACGACAGAUUCAAGUGGCACCAAGUCUGCCUUCCAGAAUGUAUCGAGACUACGUGGUGAUGUUUCAGCCUUUAAGCGAAGCACGAUUAGUCAUCUUUCAGCGCGGCUGCAGCAGCGAUCCUUUACAGAAGAUGCAGAAGCCAACAAUUUCGUACCACCUGAAGAGAGGACUCGCGCGAUCGUGAGCGAUGAUCUGUGCAAGCUUGUUGAAAGGAACAAAGGCAGCACUGAAACCCAAAAUCAAAAAGACAUGCAGGCAAACCUGAAUAGAAAAAUGGCUGAUCUUCUAACCAAUUUCGAUGUCCUAUCUUCGUACCUGGAACUUGUUGAACUCCGUCUAAAAUUGAGAAUAAAAAUCGAUACAUACAACACACAAGGCGAUGAAUUCAACAAAUUUCUAUCCAGUCUUGAUGUCGACAUAGAGAGUAGAGAAUACGGUGGAGAUCUGGACGAAUGCGAAACCCUCCUGGCCAAAUUUACUGAACGAAUGGAAAGCACUUCCAACUCGGGUACUUCUCACUUAACAAAUUUGACUAAUCGAGCCAAACAGCUCACAGAAACUGCCGAUGAGCUUAUGGAUAAGAUUAAUUCGGAAGAGCAAAGAGUAAAAAAGUCACAGAUGGAAGAAUCACAAGGAUGGACUUCGAUACCACGUGAACUGCUCAAUUUACGCGGUGAUGUUCAACUCGAUAUGAAAACCGUACAGGAGAGACAAGUUGAGUUAACGCAAAGGUGGGCAUCCGUGCGUACAGGCAUGAAACGUAGGAAGGAGAGUCUUCAAUCUGCAAUGCGAAUACAUGCUUACAUGUCCGAUGUGGAAGAUCUGCUCGAGUGGAUUGUAGAAAAGUCACCCGAAACUCGUGACAAUCAGGGAAGCACCGUCCUUCUUGGCCGUAUAUCCAGCCUAAAAGCUGCACGACCUGAUAUAAACCCUCACACCUCCACUGGCCUUGAGCAGGCACUCAAUGAGCAAGAGAAAUUGCGAAGGGAAGUUAAUGCUAUGAAGAAACAAGUGGAAAAACAGGAACAAGAGUGCGCUCGCCUUAAGAAGGAGUGUCCAGAUCGCGCACCGGAGAUCGAAAAACAAUGGAAGCGUCUUGAGACUGCUUGGAACUCGUUACAGAUAGCUGUGGGGGGAGAGAGACAGCGACUGUCGGAGGCGCAGCAGGUGACCCAGUGGCAGUCACGAUGCAAGCUUCUCUACGGUUGGGCUGAGGAACAGCGUCUUGCAAUGUUGGCUGUUCGAGAGAUGCCCGUUGACCUCGAUGAGGCCGAAAACCUUCUUGAUACUCACCGGCAGAUCCGCUUACAAAUCACCAAACGUAUGCCAGAGAAGGAGGAGGUUAUUAGAUCGGGACAGGAUCUUUCCAACUCCAUUCCCUCCUCAAAGAUAGUAAUUAAUAAGUCAACAGAGAAACUAGAAACGGCAUGGUCGCAAAUGCAGACACUGUGGAAUUCGAGAAAUAAUCUCUACGAAAAGAAUCUGGAUCUGAGGAAACUCUAUGGGGAGAUGGCAGAACUAGACGCCUGGUUGGAUGACCAGGAGCAUAGACUAGAGUGUACGACAAACAUCAUAGCAGGAGACACCUCAGUGGCCAAUCUUGAUCAGGCGAUUGCCAAUCAUGCAGACAUCGAGAAGGCGAUUGAGGAUGCCAAGCAGCGCUUUGAUGCGAUUAAACGGCAGACUCUUGUGGAGACACUCAAAUUUGAGUUUCUCAAAUUUAUGACGAAACGGAAUGAGAGCAGUAAUGUUGGCGACCAACCAUUUUCAGAUGCGCGUAUUGCUGAAAUUCAGCGACGCGAGACAUCCAAGAUCAAUCGUAAUCGGUCGAAACGCAUAACACCCACGACGAACUCAACUGAGCAGGCAAAUAAGGAGAACCUUCAAGCCAUCUUCGGUAACAUUGCUCCAAUAGAAGCAAAUGUCGGACAAAGUGUGCAGCACGCGUCCCCUCCCAAAUUGGUACCUUCGCCAGUCUCCUGUCAAAAUGACUCCUUUGGUAUGACGAACGCACAAUUUGUGCGAAGAGGCAGUGACUCUAGUGAUAUCGACAGCCUACCUGUCACAAGAGUAGUGGAUAUGAAACCAACGAUACCGUCAAGGGAACAACACAGCCCUCUCCUUCGCUCUCCUAGUCAAAAGAGCAAUCCAAGGCUUUUAAAUUUAUUUAGACAGAGUACAAAUGAAUCUUCUGCUUCUUCUGUUUCCAAUGUUAUGCCCGCCGUUACCAGUCCAGAACCACGAGUUGAGACUCCACAGCGUUGGAGUUCGAAAGUCCUCCCAAAGUUGAGAGGAAAUGAAACCCCUUCGUCUCCAACUCUUUCAACUACUGGGAUACUCAAAACAGGACAAGUGGCCUCUUUAUCGCCUUCUGUUUCGCCUGUCUCAACUAAAGUUGUGUCCAAACCACCUCCUUUGGUAAUUAAUACCAAGGGACCAGUUCAGCUUGGCUAUAACAGUCACUCCACAGCUUACACACGCGAACGACCACCUGAUUUGCCUCCAAAACCAUCCAAUAGUGCAGCAUUCCGCGAAAAGGACGUUUGGUCGCCCGGGGACCUUUCUUCCACUUCCAUGAAUGAGAUGAAGUUCAGUGUCACCUCCAACAACUCCAGAGUCGAUUACACAAAUAGACCGCUUUCUGUGUCCUUAAAACACCACGAAAACUCAUCAAAAGUCAGCUUGACGGGGUCUCUAGCACGAAAAAUUGUUGUUGCACCUAAAUCCUACCGUGGUGUCACUAAGAAGUGGCUACCUAUUGGACAAACGGCUGGUUAUAAUUGGGCCGUUCUAGACGACACUCGGCUGAGCUUUUAUGAGAAUGAAGGAGCUCCCACAAUUGGAACCGCACCAUUGGCCGUCUUCUUUGUUCAGGGUGCUACGGUUUCACAUUGCCUUCCUAAGACAAGCAAGACCUAUGUCCACGUAAUGCAGGUGAAACUAGAGGACGGCAUGGAGAUACUUCUAGCUGCUAACACUUUGGACAAUUACAAUCGGUGGUAUGAAUGCCUUAAGUCUGCAUCCUAUAGUCCUAACACCACGUCUAUUUUGGUACUAGAUCAUUCAACCAGCAAUGUGUCGAGGAACUCCAGCAAUACAAGUCACUCUCCUUCUUCUUCUCGUGAUAACGCGGCAGUUUUGAUUUCAGGAUCGCACAGAACCUGGACACUGCCGAGGGGAGGCUCACUGAGACACAGGGAAUCCGGCGAGGGUGGUAACCACGGCAGCACGUGGACUCGUCUCACCCGGUGGAAACACAGGAAUUCUAGCGUUGACAAAAAUUAG